UCCCCCCCCUCUCAAUAGCGUUUGUUUUCCAAUAAUGUUUUCCAAAAAAUGAUGAGACACAAAAAGUACAGAAUAAUAACCAGGAUGAAAAGUUCAAAACCUGUGGAGUAAAAGUCAAGCGCAAAAUGGCGACAGUAGACGUGGUAACUGUAAGACGUUCAGUUGUUUAUUUCGCUGUUACUCUCCUGUUUGUGACGGUUUCCUGUGUUUCUGUAACGCGGGAUCCUCCGUACGAGACGCGCUACUUCCACCAGUAUCUGGACCACUUCAACUUCGCUAGCCGUGGCGCAGGGACAUUCAAGGAGAGGGUACUUGUUUCUGAUGCAUUCUGGAGAUCCGGAGGUCCUAUCUUUUUCUACACUGGGAACGAGGGACCCAUCACGAGACUGUGGAACGAGAUCGGGUUCAUGAAGGAUCUGGCAGAGCAGUUUGAGGCUCUGAUCGUCUUUGCAGAACAUCGGUACUAUGGAGAAUCUCUACCUUUUGGAGAGAAUACCAUCUCCCAGGAGAACAUGGGCCUGUUGACAGUGGAGCAGGCGCUGGCGGACUAUGCAGUUCUCAUCACCAACCUCACAGUUUCCUACUGUCAGGACCCGGAUGUGUGUCCCGUCAUCGCUUUCGGUGGCAGUUACGGCGGGGUCCUGAGCACCUUCUUGAGGCUGAAGUACCCUAACCUGGUGGCCGGGGCUCUCGCCUCCAGCGCGAAUGUGUACAUGUCCGCUGGUCUCACACCAGGGAACCAGCUCUUCCAGGACGUCACUGAGGAUUUCCGCAGGUACAACCCCAGGUGUCCGGACCGGGUCCGGGAAGGGUUCGCUGAGAUGGAACGACUGGCCGGUCAGGGAGAACAAGGCCUACAUGAGAUAUCUACCAGAAUGAAACUAUGUUCCUCUCUACAAGACCAUGCCGACCUCGUGAACAUGUACCGCUGGGUGCGGGAGGCCUUUACCGUGCUAGCCAUGGAAGACCUCCCCUACGCUAUAUCUAAUGGACCGUUCCUACCAGCAUACCCCGUCAACGCUUCCUGUAAUCUGCUGUUGAAGGCCACAGACGGAAUAGAGGAGAUCUUGCAGGCCGUUGGCAUGCUGUACAACUUCACGUCCAACCUGAGCUGUUUUGACCUCCAUGAAGAUUUCGUGCCGUGUGCAGACCCGACUGGCUGUUCCCUGAUGCCGGGUGCAAAAGCCUGGGACUACCAGACGUGUACAGAGAUCAGCCUGCUGGAGAGUACAGAUAACGUUACGGACAUGUUUCCGCCUGACGCCUUCACGGAGGAGACCAGGGCCGCACACUGUCGGGAGCGGUGGGGCGUUACUCCCAGGCCCGGCUGGCUAGCCACGCAGUUCUGGGGGAAAGACCUCAAGGCGUCCAGUAAUAUCAUCUUCUCAAACGGUGAUCUUGACCCCUGGCGGAGAGGUGGAGUACUGCAAAACGUGUCGUCUUCCAUCGUGGCCUUGGAAAUCCAAGGUGGAGCUCACAUAAUGGACCUUAGGGCCCCAAAUGCCACUGACCCACUGUCUGUGAUCCGGGUUCGACAACAAGAAGCACAUCUGAUUGGGCAAUGGAUCAGUGAGGCAACCAAUCAGAAGGAAGCAAGUGGAAAUGGAUAAACUAACCGAGUAUCUUUUUGUUGCAAAAAACAGUACUAUG